AUGUGGAGCUAUAGUUCAUACAAGGAGCUCUGGGCUCGAGACCUUCCAGCGGUAGAGUGGAGUCGGCCAAACAUCGAGGGUUUUGUGCUAACUACGAUGGGCGAACGCCUCUUUUCGGAAUUGGCUGCUGGGGACCUUUGCGAUUUGGUGGUUUGCAUCAUCCGCAGUGACAUGCACGGGGCCACCAUGAGGACUCUUUGGCAUUCCGAAAUCUGUAAAUGUGCGGGAAGCUUCGAAACAGGACAAACUUUGACCUUGUAUGCUGCUCAGCACCAGGGACACUACGACGGUGUCCACCAUCUGCAGUUGCUAUCAGGUACCCGAGUGCUUGUCAGGCCCCCUCUGGGUGGCCAGUCUUUUCGUACUUUGAAAGAGGUUUGCGCGGGCAUUGGCGGCCAAGCGCAAGGCUGUCGAGAGCUGGGAGGCAAUUGCCUGGCCGUUUCAGAUUGGAGCGCCUUAGCAUGCGACACUUUGGCAUUGCAACAUGCCACCGUCGUGCAAGGAGAUAUCACAGACCCUGCGGUCAGGCGUUCGGUGCACAGUGCCAGUGCUGAGACACGUUGCUUGCUAGGGGCAAGCUUGCCCGGUCCUGGCUCCAGCCGCGGUUUGAGUUCAGGGUCUUCGGUUUGGGAGUGUCCACUGCUGCCCCACAUCCUGCACCUUGCCUGGUUUUCACAAGCCAGUGGCCUUGUCUUGGAGAGUGAGGUCAACAUCCUUCAGCACUCCUCGUGCCUCAGCCAGAUCACAGCCUUUGCAGCCAAAGCAGGUUUCCAGGUCUCCCAGGUUGUCAUUGAGCUUGCACAUCAAUGGGCAUCGCGACGAGCUCGCUGGUGGGCAGUCCUGCUCCCAGCCCACCUUCCUGCCUUUGAAUUGCGCUCCAACGAUGGUCCAUUCUUGGGGAAAUGCUUUCAGGCCGUGCCCCUGUGGCUGCACUCGACCACUCUUCUUCAGAUGCGUCACCUGCACCCACAGGCUUUGGGUGCGUAUCAGGCUCGCCUUUUGCAUGCCAGACUAGACUCCUGGAUCACCCCUGCCAUUCUGGCCGGCGGUCACAUAUCCGUCCAAACUGAGGAGGCCCUGUGGGAACCCAACAUUGUCGGCCCAACCACUGUGCAGCAGCUUCUGCAGGAAGCGAAGGCCAAGCUGGCUCCCGGUCUCCGGAUCACUCUCAGUGCGGAGGAUCGCUGCUUGCCCUUUCAUGCAUUGGUGCACCCGGCCCCCUCAGGCCCGGUUUACAAACUUGUGGUGAAGCCUAAGCAUGCUAGUCGGGAUGCUCUGCCUGCCCAGCAGCCCACUAAUCAGUGUGCGGAGCCAAGCUCCCCUGCCUGCGCCUUGAUCCCCCUUGCGGUUCACCUUGCCCCCCAGGGCACCACAUCAUGCACAGACAUCGCGCUCUGGUGUGGCCUAUGGGACACGGCCCGGACCUUGGGAACCGAUUCCGUGCUGAUCCUCCCGCCCAAGAUAGCAAUUACUUUGCUUGAGUUGUCGGAAGAUUGCAGUCGUGUGCUUCGAGGGCAGCCCUCUCUUGAGUGGCCCCCGCACAUGUUGGUUUUCGCACCUUUUGUUGCAGCGGGUCACUGGACCUUGCUUGUCUUGAGCCAGGGCUCCCACGAACAACCACAAGUGCUGGCAGAGGUCUUCGAUGGCAUCCCGGGGCGCAACACGACCCCGGCCCGAAAGCUGGCAAACAUCCUUUGUGCCCUGGCCGGCCGAACGGUGCACAACUUUGUUGAACUUUCUUUCUGGCUCCAGACCGAGCAAAACAAUUGUGGGGCCCUUGCGCUAGCCCAUGCUGCCAGUCGACUUUCAGGAUCGCCGGAUCCCCUGCACCUACAGAACGCAUUGGACUUUCUCGCCUCUUUCCCCCCGCUACCCUCCCACAUCUUUGGUGAUGGCGGCCUCUCAGCUGAGCAGGAACGUGAGCUCCAUGCACUACUGGUGUCAAAAGGGGUGCCGGCUACGGCUGUUGAAGCCAGACUGCAGCAGGCUCUCCUCAAGGCAGCAGGCUCCAAGCCAGGCGCACUUUUCAAGUGGGUGCAGCCAGAGGAGCUAGCAGCCCACAUCGAGCAACGGGCCCAGGAGAAGUUUGGAACCGAGGUCCCAAGGGCCAAGGCGAAAAAGCAAAAGGCGGCUCGGAAGCCGGUGCAUGCCCCGCUUCAUGAGGAUCCUUCACAAUUGCAGCUGUCGCCUGCUAGCUUUGCCUCAAGCUCCGGAGCCCCGCUUGGCCAGCUGCAGUUUGAGGAAGUUCAGUCCCAGGCUACAGGCAUCUGCUUUGCCUCCUUGGAGCAGGUUGCUCCUUUCCUUAGGAGCAGCACCAAUCUUAGUGUCGAUGCACUUGCUCUUGUGACGACUUCAGAGAUUGCUCUAGAGUCUGCUGGCUUGGCUCGGGUUUCCUCUGUACGGUACCCGGCGAUCUUUGCACCAACACAGGAAGCCAUUUUGGUUUCGGGUUCACUAGUCCAACUAGGAGACGAAGAUGUCCAGAUUGCAGCCACCGACAUCGCCGAGGUAGAUCAUUUGUCGACCUGUGUGUGCAGACUGAGCCUCUUUCGUGACGAGUGCAAGCUCUCUUGGGACUCGAUCGCCGAAGCCCCCAUCCGAGUGCUUCUCCAGCAAGUGCCGGAGCUCCAGGUCUGCCGAAACCCCUCGUGCGAUCAAUCCUGCCCGGCAUUUCAUGCCGCUGUCGACGAGGUGGUCGACCACUUGUUCCUUGAUGUUUGGGCCCGCCAGUGGUGCCGACUGUCAGGCGGUAAGAUAAAGGCUGCUGAGGCAGAGCUGUUCCAGGCUUUCAUCAGGGUCCCCUCGUCGGCAAUUCCGCACCUCUUCAGGGUUUCCCUUCCCGGCCUGUACAUUGAACCUCGUGCAGCAGAUGGCUCUGGCCCUCAUGCAUCUUGGGCUGUCGUUUGGCUGCCGGGCACCAGUGCCGCGCAGGCCCUUCAUCUUCUGAAGACCACGAGUAAGGCUGUGGCCUUGGCGAGGCUUGGUGUCAAGUACGGCCUCCGCACAAAGGAGGCAGACGAGCAGACAGUCUUUGAGGCCCUUCGACCGAACCAUCAUUUCGUGAAGGUCAGGGUUGUUGCUCGCUUCCGGCUCCACCCCCUCCCACAUGGCUUCCAACGACACAACCUUCUGCUUUUGAAGCAGUGGGGCUGGAACUGUAAGCCGUUGCAGCCGGAUCGUGGCGAUGCUCUGGGUUGCGCCUGGUUGGUAGGAGCAGCUGAUGAACCACCGGCCCAGGCCUUGCCUUUAGGCACAAGUUUCGUCUUGGCCACCAAGGUCCGUGACUUUAAUGCCUCCCGAACCGCGCCCUCUGCAGUUUGCGCCUCCGCCCGGACCCGCAAAGCCCUUCUCAUCGAUGAUGAUGGUGACGAUGGCACUGCUGCCGACCCUUGGAGCGGCGGUCGGGACCCAUGGUCCCAGGCACGUCCCUCGACUGCCAUUGCGGCUCCGCCGGCAGGCUCGUCUUCUGAGACCACCAAGAAGCUUUCGCAAAUCGAAGACGGCCUUCGACAGGACCUGCACACGAUGCUGCAGAAGACCCUUGAUGAGAGAGAGGCCCCGCCUGGCCUCAGCGAACAAGACAAGCGCCUGCACUCCCUCGAAACCACUGUCAGCGAACUUCGCCAUCAAGGGGCCAAAUUUGAAAGUUGGUUUCAGGGGUUCGGCACCAAGGUUGCCGAUCAAGCCCAGCAGCUGACUGAGCUCCAGACCACUGUCAAGGAGCAACAGGCCGAGCUCGGACGUGUAAAGAGCGAUGUUCAACAGACUGUGCAUCAAGUCGUUGGGGCACUCCAGUCGGAGCUUACCUCUCAGAUGGCAUCACAGCUUGCCGGGCAGAUGGAGCAGAUCCAAGAGCUCUUUGCCUCCAAAAAGCCACGGCUUGGACUAGGCCGAACCAGCCGUUCGUCUGGGCGAAAGAACGGGCUGGGAAUGCACAGUCGCCCCACACUUGGUUGUGCCAGCCUGACUUUGGUGCAUCUUUGUCGCUUUGUUUUUCAAGUUCCGUGUGGCUUGCUGCUAGCCCUGUCAUGUGUCUUGGGUUGCCAGACUGCGGCUGCCUGCCACACCAUUAGCUCCACCACCGUCCGUUACGGUGAAGCCGAACAUCCGGGCCCGUCCUCGGUGCCUCCUUUCUUCAUCAGUACCAGCAACCCUUCGGGACUCCGGGCCAAGGAGCCACACUACACAGCUACAGGCCGCAGCGCACAUGUUUUGUCAGGUGCCCCCGCGGCCUUGCGUGUCAACAGCCAAUGGGCUGGAACCUGGACUGGGGUUCUCCAGGUUAGUGACUUGCCCUGCAGGCCACUCAAUCCCAACUGGCCGCUAGGUGUCUUCGAGACAGGCCGUAUCAUGCUGGCUCAGCACUAUCAUGAAUCGACCCCUCUGUUGGUGGCUACUGUCUACGGGUAUCCGAGUGGGCCAACCUGGCCCGACUCCAAAUCUCGUACCGACAACCUCCUCAGCACCCUCACCAAAGAGGUGGUGUUAGGCUCUCGCGGGUUCCGGGUGAUUUGUGGUGAUUUCAACCAGGACCUUGAGAGUCUGCAGCAGUGCACUUUGUGGCGAGCCCAGGGCUGGAUCGAAGCCCAGGACCUUGCCCAGCAACUCUGGAAUCAGGCCCCUGUUAUGACGUGCAAACAUGCAACCCGCCGUGACUUCAUUUGGCUCUCGCCGGAGGCGGCAUCGCAAUGCACUCAAGUGUUGGCCUCUGAGGUUUUCCAAGAACACACCACCCUCCUGGCAGGCUUCUCUCUGCCACAGGUUCCGGCGGCACAGACUACGUGGCCGCUACCGGCCGAGCUGCCUUGGUCGGAGGUGCAACUUGAUGCUUGGCACCGGUCGGGCAACCAUCACCCGGUUUUUUCGGAAUCUUCGGACCUGUGGCUCGCGCGGUUUUCCAAGGCUGUGGAACAUAGCUUGGAGGGUUUUGUGCCUUCAUUUCCUAAUGGCCGGCCUCCCUCCAACACCUUUGGCAGAGGCCAGCGCACGCAGCCCCAAACAAACUCCAGCCCUCAGCUGUCGGUCAGGCCCAGCCGGCCCGGUGAGGAAGCGUUGCGACAUGAUGGACUCGGGGCCGAAGUGAGACGCUGGUUUCAACAACUUCGACGCCUCCAAUCCUUGCACCACGCGGUUAACGCUGGCAACCCCUCAGCUGGAGCCGUAAGCUAUCGCCUUUCGCUUUGGCGAUCCAUUUUGCAGGCGCGUGGCUUCCGCCAUGGUUUUGCCAAUUGGUGGUGUACCCGUCCUGUGCGCUUGGCCAAUAGCCCAGGCACUCUUCCAGUGACCCUCCCCACUGCCUCCCUGGCCCAGCUCCUCUAUGAGGACUUCCGGGCGAAUUUCCGUAGGCUGGAGGAUUGGCACUUGCGAAACCGCACCAAAGUUCUGGAUGCCAAAUAUGAUCGCUCUUUGGCACAAAUCUAUCAGGACUUGCGAGCGCCUGGUCCCGAACAGGUGACAACACUUCAGGUAAGCCGUGAGUACGCCAUUUUGGCUGUUGAGGGUCAGCAGGUGCACCUCGAUCGCCCUCUGGACUUAAGGGGUACCUCCUCCUGGGCCAUAGAUGGUGAGCCGACUUCCAUCCAAUCAAGUGAAGAUGACUUGUGCACCCUGACCACUCCUGCAAGCUUGUCCGGCCAAGAACUUGAGCAAGUACAGACCCUCUCUUCGGUGGCCGAUCUUUGUUUUGAAUUUAAGUCCCUUUGGGCACCUCGCUGGCAGCUGCACUCCGCAGCCACACCUCCAGACUGGCAGCGAUUCAUGGAUUUUGUCAUUGCCUUCCUGCCCCAGCACAGGAUUGAGCUGCCCGACAUUACUCCCGAGGUCUGGACUCAAGCCAUUCAUCGCUUCAAGCCUCGAGCCGCCCGUGGCCCGGACGGCUGGGCCCGAGCUGAUUUGUUGAACCUGCCCCGGUCUCGCACCACGGAGCUCAUCAACUUUCUUUCAGAAGUGGAGGCAGCCCAAAGGCCGUGGCCCCGUCAAAUGAUUGUUGGGUUUGUCUGUCUCCUUUGCAAAGGCAACGGCAGAACCGACUGCCAAGGAUACGGACCCAUCUGCCUUUACAGCAUCAUUUACCGUGCCUGGGCCGGCAUUCGUGCCCGCCAAGCCCUUGCUGCGCUGCGAUCCUUGCUUCCGACGGAUCUUUUUGGAUUUAUCCCAGGACAUGAGGCCAUGGAACUGCCAAAGCGGGGAAGCACUUCUCGGCCUAUCACUGACAUCAUCAAGUGCUUCAACCACCUACCCCGUGCACCCCUUUUCAUGCUGGCUAGGCACGUUGGACUUCCGCCCUGCCUGUUGAAACCUUGGGCAGCUUUCCUCAGUGCCACUGAGCGCCGGUUUCAUAUCAGAGGUCAGGUUGGGGAGGGGAUCCUUUCUUCUUCAGGGUUCCCCGAGGGCUGCCCACUUAGCCCGUUGGCUAUGGUUCUCGCUGAUUGGUCCUACCACGAGUACAUGCGGGCUUUUGCUCCAUCUGCCAGAUCUCUCAGCUACGUGGACAACCUCACCUGCACCUCGCAGUCGGUGGCUGCUCUGAUCCGGGCUUACGGGGUCAUGUCUUGCUUUACCGAUCUGCUGGGACUGCCCUUGGACGCUACCAAGACCUACGUCUGGGCAACAAAGGGGGCCGAUCGCGCUGCUCUCAAGUGCUUGGGUCAUCCCGUGGUUGAGGCCGCCCGUGAGCUGGGUGGCAUCAUGUCGUUCGGCCCUCGGAUUCGCAAUGCCGCUAUGAAAGACCGCUGUGCCGCUUUGGGCCCACUGUGGGCAGCACUUCGACGCUCCCAAACGCCAGGCUGCUUGAAACUCCAGACACUUCCAGGCAAGUUUUGGGCACAGGCUCUGCAUGGCAUAUCUGGCUGCCCUUUUCCGGAGGCUCAGCUAAGCCGUCUGCGCUCCGCUGCAACUGCUGCACUUGGUAUUCGCCCGGGCGGCGUAAGCUCCAUGCUCCGCCUCAGCAUUGCAGAGCCCUCCACUGCGGAUCCGGGUUUCUAUCAACUUUGGACUUGUGCCCGAGAUUUCCGUCGGAUGGCAGGCAAGCUCCCGAACUUCGUUCUCCAAUGGCGCACGUUCAUGGAUUCCUUUGAUGGCCGGACCACUCACGGUCCCUUCACCAAAUUGGUCACCGUCUUUGCACAGGUCGGCUGGAGUAUCCAGCAUCCACCGUGGAUUUUGGACCACGAAGGACUGGAGCACAACUUCUUGACGGUCCCACUGGUCUUGCUCCGCAGACUUUUGGAGCACGCAUGGCUCCAAUUUGUGGCUCGCAGCCACAACCACCGGCAGGGCAUGUCUGACUUGAAGGGCUUAGAUCCUGGACUUCUCAAAGCGGAUCAGAAGCAGCUGAGUGCCCUCAACAGUGCUCGAUAUGCAUCGGUGAGAGCCGGAGCCUUCCUCUUUGGCCACAUGCACUCGCAUUACGACCUCACCAAGGAUGGCCUUUGCUCCCGCUGCCGUGUCCCAGACACCGUUGAGCAUCGCUGCCGAAGCUGCCCUCACUACUCACACCUCCGAGUUGAACACCAAUGGGCGGUAGAUCAAUGGGACUCUUUGCCAGUCUCGUUGACUCACCACCUGCUCCCCUCGGCCAACCCUCACUUAGUUACUCUUCGGAGCUUGCUGCACCGCGCAGUGGACACUACCGGGGUUUUCUUUUGUUCAGGGUUUGGGGAUGGCUGGCAGCACCUCUUCACAGAUGGAGCCUGCAUUGAGAACUUCGACCCAGAGUUUUCUCUGGCAGGAUGGGGCCUCGUGCAUGCACAGCAUCAUGCAGCAGUGGCUUGCGGUGUGUUGCCAGGAAUCCUUCAAUCAGCCCCCCGGGCUGAGAUCUGUGCCAUGACGGCGGCCGCCCGCUGGGCCAUUGGUACGGGUUUGCCAUGCAUUGUUUGGACAGACGCACAGAAUGUCUCCACUGGUGUUGCCGCGCUCCAGGCAGGGCUGCCUCUGGACCGGGACGCCGACACCGACCUUUGGCAGACACUGGAAGGCCUAUUGGUUCAGCUCGACCCGACUCGGUUCCUUGUCAGGCACACUCCUUCUCAUCUGGAUGAACAGCUUACGGAGUCACCAUACGAAGAUUGGCUCGCCGGUUUCAACGGCCACGCCGAUGUCUUGGCCGGCUUAGCUGCUCGUAACAGACCGGAGAUGCUGAUGACGGCCUAUUUGGCCGCCCGGAGCUACCACAGUGAGCAAGUCCGUCUACUUCGGGCUUUUCGGGCCAUCUUUUUCGGCAUUGCUGAUAUUGACCAAGGCCGCGGUCGACAACAGGUCCCCGCCGAUGAUGAUACUUGGGAGCCGCAGGUGCCCGCACCCUUUGCGGUGCCUCGGCGGCUAGACAUCGAGGGCCAGCUCCCUCUGAAUUGGCGAGAUCAACUCCCAUUGGCGUGUGAUUUGCCCUCCGACUUUGUUGGUGGGAUCUGUAACUUCCUUUUCGAACAAGACGCCCAGGCAACAGCAGCCUACGAGCUGUCAUGGUUGGAACUGGUCUUCGCCUUACAUUUGGAAGGAGCCGUCGUCUAUCCUGUCUGCGAUUCGAGUGGCAAAUGGGUGUCCGCUACCAGUAGACUUCUUCAGCCCCCAGCUCCGACUGUAGCUGGGAGGCUGAGCUUAGUUCGUCGGGCCAUGCGCCCUGUUUUGCGUCGCUUAGGCCUGCAAUCAUCUAUGAUUAGUGGCAUUGAUCGUUCCGAUUUUGGUUUGGGUUUUGCCCUCGAUGGUCUUAUCAUCGGUUUCAGUACUGAUCUUUUCUUGCGGGCAAGGGCGACACUCGGCCACUUUGUACAGGGCAGAGCUGCAGGCACCAGGGCUGCACUUGCCAGGCCGCUUUAA